AUGUCAGUAAUACACGUAUAUGCACCAACUUCCUCAUCUUCAGAAGAAGAUAUUGAAGCAUUCUACAACGAUAUUGAGGAAGUAUUAACAAAGACAGAUAAAAAGGAUAUACUUAUACUGACAGGAGAUUGGAAUGCUAAAAUUGGCAAUGAUAAUACAGAUUGGAAAUCCGUAAUGGGAAAAUAUGGUUAUGGCGAUAGAAACGAUCGCGGAGAACGCCUCCUAGAAUUUGCUACAGUACACAAUCUCUACAUAUGUAAUACAAGAUUUGAACAUAAAUCAAAUCGAAAGUGGACGUGGGCAUCACCAGAUGGCAUUCAUAAGAAUAUGAUUGACUUGAUACUCAUCCAGCGUAGAUGGAAGACCUCGGUCAUCAACUGUCGAACGUUUCAGAGUACAGACAUAAGCUCAGAUCACUCACUAGUGUUGUGCAAUAUUAACUUGAAACUUAAGAGCCAGCACAACAAAUCACAAAAGGGCUAUAGAGUUGAUGUGAACCGACUGAGAGAUGAGAAAAUCAAGCAAUCAUAUAGCGCCGCUCUAGCGAAACAGCUUAAAGAGAUAGAGCCAAUGUGCAGUCUGGAAGAGCAUGCCACAAAGAUAGAGCAGGCUAUCAAAACCACAACAGAGGCAACUGUACCAACAAAAAGAAUAACCAAAAAACCAUGGAUUUCUGAAGAAACACUAAAACUAGCUGAUGAAAAACGCAAACUAAAACUGCUAAAAGACGUUUCCUCAGAAUAUACACAACAAUAUAAAGAUCUAUGCAGGAAAGUUAAGAGAGCAGCAAGACAGGACAAAGAACAUUGGAUCCAAGGCCAAUGCGAGCAAGCUGAAAGAGGUCUAAAUAUUGGGAAUACAAGAGAAGCAUAUAGCCUCAUAAAAAUGCUACGAAAAGAAUUUGUACCUAGAUUAAAUGUCAUACGAAGUCAAGAGGGGACAAUGUUACAGUCAAAUAACGAAAUUAAACAAAGGUGGACACAGUAUUGCAGUAGUCUGUAUAAAGAUCGUGGAGGUGGGGAUAGGACGGUGAAAGAGCUUGAAGACAUUGCACCUCCUGAAAACGAGGGCCCCCAAGAUAUCUUGUACUCAGAAGUACAAGCAGCAAUAAGCUCAUUAAAAAGAAAUAAGAGUCUAGGAUCAGACGGAAUAACAGCGGAAAUGCUACAAGCUGGGGGCGAACCGCUAGCAA